UUGUUCUUGUCAUUUCAGGUUUCAGAAGGUGAGAAGGAAAUGUUGAAGAAGCUACAUUUCUAAUGAUACUUGAAUGAUAGUGGCUACUUAACAACAUUUUCAAGAAAAUUAAAUAUGACUUAGAAGUGUUGACGGUCUAUGAUGUCAUCGGUUUCGACAGAAAGCAAAUUCCAGCAGGCUGUGAGCCUGAAGGGAGUUGACCCAGAAACAUGCAUGAUUGUAUUUAAAAACCACUGGGCACAGGUUCUAAAAAUCUUAGAGAAGCAUGACCCCUUGAAGAACACCCAGGCAAAAUAUGGAUCCAUCCCUUCUGACGAGGCCAGCGCGGUGCAGAACUAUGUAGAGCACAUGCUGUUCCUGCUCAUUGAAGAGCAAGCCAGGGAUGCUGCCAUGGGGCCAAUUCUGGAAUUUGUGGUGUCCGAGAACAUCAUGGAGAAACUCUUCCUUUGGAGCUUGAGACGGGAGUUCACUGACGAGACUAAAAUUGAGCAGCUGAAGAUGUACGAGAUGUUGGUGACGCAGUCCCGCCAGCCCCUGCUGCACCACAAGCCCGUUCUGAAGCCCCUGAUGAUGCUGCUGAGCUCUUGCUCGGGAACGACCACCCCAGCUGUGGAGGGGAAGCUGGUGGUCCUGCUCAAUCAGCUGUGUUCCAUCCUUGCCAAAGAUCCUUCCAUCCUGGAGCUCUUCUUCCACACCAGUGAGGACCAGGGAGCUGCCAACUUCCUCAUCUUUUCCCUUCUGAUUCCCUUCAUUCAUCGAGAAGGGACAGUGGGCCAGCAGGCUCGGGAUGCCUUGCUAUUCAUCAUGUCUCUCUCUGCUGAAAACACCAUGGUGGCCCAUCACAUUGUGGAGAAUACAUACUUUUGUCCAGUGCUUGCAACUGGACUCAGUGGUCUCUACUCUUCGCUGCCUACAAAGCUAGAAGAAAAAGGCGAAGAAUGGCACUGCCUGCUGAAAGACGACUGGCUCCUCUUGCCUCCUCUUGUCCAGUUCAUGAACUCCCUGGAGUUUUGCAAUGCAGUCAUCCAGGUGGCUCAUCCUUUGAUUCGCAAUCAGCUUGUCAAUUACAUUUACAAUGGAUUCUUGGUACCUGUCUUGGCUCCUGCUCUUCAUAAGGUGACUGUGGAGGAGGUCAUGACCACAACUGCAUAUCUGGACCUUUUCCUGCGUAGCAUCUCUGAGCCAGCACUGCUUGAGAUCUUCCUCCGCUUUAUCCUAUUGCACCAGCAUGAGAAUGUGCAUAUCCUGGACACCCUCACGAGCCGAAUCAACACCCCGUUUCGGCUUUGUGUGGUGUCCCUGGCGCUAUUCAGAACACUCAUUGGUUUACAUUGUGAAGAUGUGAUGUUACAACUGAUUUUAAGGUACCUGAUCCCCUGCCAUCACAUGAUGCUGAGCCAGAGGCGGGCUGUGAAGGAGAGAGACUGUUAUUCUGUAUCUGCCGCCAAGCUGCUUGCCCUGACCCCUGUCUGCUGCUCCAGCGGGAUCACUCUGACGCUCGGGAACCAAGAGAGGGAUUACAUCCUGUGGUCAAAGUGUGCCCAGGACGAUCCAGGAUCCACGGAGCAGCAGUCCCCGAAGGAGUUCUCCCCGUCUGCCUGCAUCGUGGAGUAUGGGAAGGCGCUGGACAUCAGCUACCUGCAGUACCUCUGGGAGGCCCACAGCAACAUCCUGCACUGCAUGAGGGACUGCCGCGUCUGGUCCGCCCUGUACGACGGGGACUCCCCGAACCCUGAGGUGUUGCUCCGGAACCACACGGAGGAUGGCAGCGCCAUACCAUCCGGCCCCACCUUCCGAAUCCCACAGCAGCUCCUGGGGAAGAGGGGGCCACCGCUGGCUCCGAGAAAGGACAAGGGCCACAGCGAGCUGGAGUGGGACGACAGCUAUGACACCGGCAUCUCCUCAGGGGCCGACGUGGGCUCGCCCGGGCCUUACGAUGAGGUGGAGACGGCAGGCCCUCCUGCGCCCGUCGAUCCUCCCCGACACAUCCAGGAGAUGAAGAAGAACGCCCUCCUGCUCUUCAAGGGGUCCUACAUCGAAGAGUCGGACUUCCAGGAUGACGUGAUGGUGUACAGGCUGUGCGCUGAGAAGGACUCCGAGGAUGCGGGUCAUCCGCAGGAGGACACAGCAAGGCCUCCCACCCAAGGCCAUCCCCAAAGUCAGAAUGCUGCCCUCAACAACGGCCCCCUCCCCAGCCCGCAGCCGGGGGCAGAGCCUGAAGAGGCGCAUCACCCGGAGGGCGCAGUGCUGCUGGACCCAGAGCGAGAGACGGGGCCUGCAGAAGCCCCCACCUCAGCCUCGGGAUCUGAAGCCAAGCGCGUCUCCAGCCUCACAGCUACUAAGCCAGAGAGUGAAGAUUUCAUUGCCCAGUAUGACCAGAUCAUCAGAGAACUGGAUUCUGGCCCCGAGAGCCUGUUGGAACCCGACCCCUUGCUUCUCACAAGGCAGGAGGAGGGAGAGAAGGAAACCGGGAGUGCAGGAGACAAGCAGCAGCCCAAAGAGGAGAUGAAGGAGCUGGAGGAGGAAGACGAGGAGGAUGACUUUGACUCUUUCAUCACGGAGAGCCCUGCUGUGGAGACUGUGCCUUCCCCGUUUGGGGUGAGAGAUGAGGCUGCUGUGGGCGCUCGGCAGCCCGGGAGGACUCAGAGCACCCCGUUCACAGGCCCGUUCAUCAGUGUGGUCCUGUCCAAGCUGGAGAACAUGCUGGAGAACUCUCUGCAUGUUAAUUUGCUGCUUAUCGGGAUCAUUACUCAACUAGCCAGCUACCCCCAGCCACUUCUCCGUUCCUUUCUGCUCAACACCAACAUGGUCUUCCAGCCGAGUGUCCGCUCACUCUACCAGGUCCUUGCGUCUGUGAAGAACAAGAUCGAGCAGUUUGCAUCUAUGGAGAGAGACUUCCCAGGGCUCCUCCUACAAGCCCAGCAGUAUCUGCUCUUCCGAGUGGACAUGUCUGAUCUGACCUCGGAAGCGCUAACCAAAGACCCCGUUCAGGAAGCUACCAGGACAGGAGGCGGCACGAACCUGUUGGAUGGCCCCCCAAGAGUACUUCAGCCCUUCCUGCCAAGCAGAGCCAAGGUGGCUGGGGCGCCCCCACAACUGCCGCCGCCGGUGAGGAACCCCAUGCUGGCCGCAGCCCUCUUCCCUGAGUUCCUGAAGGAGCUGGCCGCCUUGGCCCAGGAACACUCCAUCCUGUGCUGCCAGGUGCUAGGGGACUUUGAUGACUCCUGCUGUUAG